AUGGCGACAGUCCCAAUACCACAGCCGCCUGGCUGGCCACUCGUUGGCAACAUCACCGACGUCGAUCCUGAAGCCCCCAUCCUUUCAAUCCAACAUCUGGCGUCACAAUAUGGCGAAAUUCUGUCCCUUACCAUGUUCGGCAAGCGGCGGAUCUUCAUAUCCUCCCACAAACUGCUCAAUGAGGUCUGCGACGAGAAACGCUUCGGCAAGUUGGUGGCUGCCAACCUGGAACAGCUGCGUCACGGCACCCACGAUGGCUUGUUCACGGCCCAGAACUACGAGGAGAACUGGCAUUUGGCACAUCGAAUCCUUGUUCCUGCUUUCGGGCCCUUGAACAUUACCGGCAUGUUCGACGAUAUGAAGGAUAUUGCGAGCCAGCUUGUGCUCAAAUGGGCACGAUACGGCGGAGACUACGUUAUCCCAACCACCGACGACUUCACUCGUCUAACACUGGAUACACUAGCCCUUUCUGCCAUGGACUAUCGAUUCAACAGCUUUUAUACUGACGAUAUGCAUCCAUUCAUUGAAGCGAUGACCCGCUUCCUGAAAGGUGGUGGUGCUCGAGCUCAGCGGCCGUCUUACCUGGCUUCAUUCUUCCGAGCGCAAGACCGGCAGUUCUUCGAAGAUAUUGAGUACAUGCGCACUCUUAGCAGGGAGAUUGUGGAAAAGCGAAUCCAGCAUCCGACGGAAAGCAAGGAUCUGCUGAACGCCAUGGUCAACGGCAAAGAUCCCAAGACUGGCAAGACGCUGAGUAACGAGACUAUCAUUGACAACAUGAUCACGUUCCUGAUCGCCGGACACGAGACGACGAGCGGCCUACUCAGCUUUCUGUUCUACUACCUGCUCAAGAACCCCGAGGCUUACCGCAAGGCCCAGGCUGAAGUGGAUGAAGUGAUUGGCAGUGAGAGCAUACAAGCUCAUCACGUUAACGAGCUUCCGUAUAUAACCGCCUGCCUCCGCGAGACCCUGCGCCUGCAGCCCACUGCGCCGGCUUUCACCGUCACUCCACAAACCGAACAGGGCGAAGUCCUGGGUGGCAAGUACUUCGUUGAGCACGGACAGCCGAUUUCAGUUCUUCUGCAUGGAGUUCACCGUGAUCCAGCCGUGUACGGUGAAGACGCUGAGGAAUGGAAGCCCACCCGGAUGUUCGACGAAAAUUUCAACAAGCUCCCACCCAACUCGUGGAAACCCUUCGGCAAUGGUGCUAGAGGCUGCAUUGGCAGGCCGUUCGCUUGGCAGGAAGCGAUGAUGGUAACCGCGAUGCUUCUACAGUACUUCAACUUUGCGCCGCAGGACCCGGGAUAUGACCUUCAGAUCAAGUCUACGCUCACCAUCAAGCCCCUGGACUUCUUUAUGCGUGCUACGCUUCGCGAGGGCUGGACGGCCACCAAGGUCGAGCAAUCCCUGUCCGGCUCCAUUCGCACUUCAGGCCCUACAAAAGGCGAGCCAGCAACCGCAGCCAAAUCGGACUCUGAGGGCCAACCCAUCACCGUUCUCUACGGGAGCAAUAGCGGCACUUGUGAAGCUUUCGCUCAAACCCUCGCCGCAGACGCAGGCGCCCAUGGAUUCAAGGCCACAGUCGAUACACUGGACUCUGCCAAACAGAACAUGCCUACCAAGCAACCAGUCGUCAUCAUAACUGCCAGCUACGAAGGCCAACCUUGUGACAACGCUGCGCACUUCUACGACUGGCUGCAGAACCUGAAAGAAGGCGAAAAGGUGGAGUCGAGCUACGCAGUCUUUGGCUGUGGUCACUCGGAUUGGAAGCAGACCUUCCACCGUAUUCCCAACAGCAUCGAUGCCCUUCUGAAGCUGCACGGGGGCAAACCAGUCUGCGACCGCGGCAAUGCUGAUGCUGCAAAAGGAGACAUGAUGUCUGACUUCCAGACCUGGGAAGAUGAGAUACUGUGGCCCGCGUUGAGGAAGCAAUUUGGCGGAGCAGAUGGGGAUCAGGCAGCUGAAUCCGCGCUUGGCCAGAGUCUAUCAAUCGCAGUCUCGAGUCAGAGAGCGUCCAGAUUGCGAGCUGACGUAUCUGAGGCCAAAGUAGUGGCUACAAGGACCCUGACAACGCCGGACGUGCCCGAGAAGAGACACAUUGAGCUGCAGCUUCCGACUGAGAUGACCUAUAGAGCCGGCGACUACCUAGCUGUCCUUCCACUGAACCCACAGGAGACUGUUCACCGGGUGAUGCUGAGAUUCCAGCUGCCAUGGGAUGCGGUGCUCACCAUCUCAAGCAAAAGCAGCACUGCCCUUCCCACCGAGUACCCCAUCAGCGCACACAACUUGUUCUCAGCAUACGUAGAACUGGGCCAGCCGGCGACAAAGCGCAGCAUUACAAUGCUCAUCGAGGCUAGCAAAGACGACGAGACCAAGAAGGCCCUCAGACAGAUCUUCGACAGCGACUUCGAUGCCGAGGUUACAGAGAAGCGCGUCUCUCUGCUGGACCUCCUCGAGCGCUAUCCAACGAUCGAGCUGCCGCUUGGAUCGUUCGUGGCCUCCCUGAUCUCAAUGAGAGUGCGGCAGUACAGCAUCUCCUCUUCCCCUCUGGCGGAUCCAAACAAGGUCACCCUGACGUACGCCGUACUCGAGGGCGAGUCCCUAAGCGGACAAGGACGUCAUAUCGGAGUAGCAUCCCACUACCUCUCGCAGCUGCAGCCGGGCGACAUCGUGCACGUGACGGUGAAGCAGAGCAACCAGGCGUUCCACCUGCCUUCCGACGCCGGGAACAUCCCAGUCCUGAUGUGCUGCGCCGGCACGGGUCUCGCACCCUUCAGAGCGUUCAUCCAGGAGCGCGCAGCCCAGAUCGGCGCGGGUAGGAAACUCGCUCCGGCACAUCUCUACGUCGGCUGUCGCCACCCGGAGAAAGACGCGCUGUACGCGGACGACCUGGCAAGGUGGGAGAAGAUGGAGGCUGUGACGGUGCAUCGCGCUUUCAGCCAGGCUCCCGAGAAGAGCAAUGGCUUCAGGCACAUGGACGACGUCAUGCGUGCGGAUGCGGAACUUUUGCACGAUCUUUGGGGGCAAGGCGCAAAGGUGUAUGUUUGUGGCAGCAGAGAGUUGGGCGAUGCGGUAAAGCAGGUUUCUCUCGACAUCGCUAAAGAGGCAAGGCGGAAGCGUGGCGAGGACGCCAGUGAUGAGGUGGUCAACGAUUGGUUUGACAGGAUGAGGAACGAGCGGUAUAGUACGGAUGUUUUUGCGUGA